AUGAAGAUUUUUUUCCAGGUUGUUAACAUUAGCAUGGUGAUACACGGGGUGUUCUGUGCUCAGGGUAAGUAUGCACAGAAGCUGUUUAAUGACUUGAUGGAGAAUUACUCUAACGCUCUGAGGCCGGUGGAGGAUACGGACAAGGCGCUGAAUGUUACUCUUCAGAUCACACUCUCCCAGAUCAAAGACAUGGAUGAGAGGAACCAGGUGUUGACCACCUACCUGUGGGUGAGGCAGAUCUGGCACGACGCGUAUCUGAAAUGGGAUAAAGAGGAAUAUGACGGCCUGGAGGUCAUACGCAUCCCCAGCGAUCUCGUCUGGAGGCCUGACAUCGUCCUUUACAACAAUGCAGAUGAGGAGGAUUCAUCAGGUCCCCCGGACACUAACGUGGUGUUGCGCUACAAUGGCGAGAUCACGUGGGACUCUCCAGCCAUCACUAAGAGCUCCUGUAAAGUAGACGUCUCUUAUUUCCCCUUCGACAGUCAGCAGUGCAAUCUAACCUUUGGGUCCUGGACUUACAAUGGCAACCAGGUUGAUAUCGCCAUGGGAAUGGACAGUGGCGACCUGUCAGACUUUGUGGAGAAUGUGGAGUGGGAGUGUCACGGAAUGCCGGCUGUCAAAAACGUCAUCAUGUACGGCUGCUGUUCGGACCCGUACCCCGACAUCACUUACACGGUGCUCCUGAAGCGUCGCUCCUCCUUUUACAUCUUUAAUCUGCUGUUGCCCUGUUUCCUCAUCUCGUUCCUGGCUCCGCUGGGCUUCUACCUGCCUGCUGAUUCGGGAGAGAAAGUCUCGCUUGGGGUCACCGUGCUGCUUGCUCUCACCGUGUUUCAGCUAAUGGUGGCAGAGAGCAUGCCACCGUCAGAGAGCGUGCCGCUCAUUGGUAAAUAUUACAUAGCGACAAUGACAAUGAUAACUGCAUCCACCUCUUUAACAAUUUUCAUAAUGAACAUCCACUUCUGUGGAGCAGAAGCUAAACCAGUUCCACACUGGGCCAAGGUUCUUAUCAUUGACUACAUGGCCAAAAUCUUCUUUGUCUAUGAAGUGGGUGAAAACUGCACCACACCUGAGAGUGAACGCGGUCCUCUAUUCUCUGAAGACCCCUUGGUCAGUCUGGAGAGAGACGGUUACCAUGACGGUUUCUAUGCCGACCACCAGCGCGAAGACACCGGCUACUCUGACCGCCGCCAUCACGGUUACAAUGGCUACAGCAAUAACCAUCGGCAUCGCCACGACAACAUUUGCCAAGGAAACGGUUUCCACGGCAGCGCCAAUGGUGGGCCACAUCAGCACGGGCACAAGCACCAGAGGAGCCGUGUGGCAUCUCGUUCUCCGCAUCGACAUUACGCACAGGACAACACGUGCGCAAAAUACGUGCACCACAUUGGUCGAGAUGGCAAUGACGGACACAUGUCGCCUCAAGACGAGAAACUUAAACACAGCGACCUCUCCAUCCCAGAGAAACUUAACGGAUAUUCCUAUGAGCACGGCAACGGUUACCUCAACGGCAACAGCUAUCGCCAUGAAAACGGCUUCAGUAAAAGCUACAGUAAUGGAUACUUGAAUGGGCUGGGCAGAGGGUGCGUGUGCGGGCAGCACCAGAAGGUCGUGCGCAACAUUGAAUACAUCGCCAACUGCUUCAGGGAGCAAAGGUCACACCAGGCCAAAGGGGCAGAAUGGAAAAAGGUUGCCAAGGUGAUGGAUCGCUUCUUCAUGUGGAUUUUCUUCGUCAUGGUUUUCCUCAUGAGCAUCCUGGUCCUGACCAAGGCAACCUGA